CUCUCUAUGUCUCUCUCUCUCACUCUUUCUCUGUCUCUCUCUCUCUCUCUCCUAUUCGUGUGCUGCAAUGAGGCGCACGGACUGCGCCUGCUGCAGCAGCAGAGAUGCGGAGUCUUUGCCUCUGUGAAGUCGCGUGCUGUAAACCAACUGAAGAUGAGGCGAGUGAAUUGCAAUUUGCUGCUCUUCUAUGCGAUUCUCAGUUGGCAAAGUCUAUUCGUGUGCUGCAAUGAGGCGCACGGACUGCGCCUGCUGCAGCAGCAGAGAUGCGGAGUCUUUGCCUCUGUGAAGGUGACAAAUGGACGCGAAGUCAGGCUGGCCUCGAGGCCCUGGAUGGCAUUGCUGCGUCUGCGCUACGCCGGUGAGGAAGGCUUUCACUGUGCCGGGACGCUCAUAACAGAUCGCUUCGUGCUGACAGCUGCCCAUUGCGUGGCGCCCUUUGAGCUGGUAUACGUGCGCUUGGGUGAGCACAAUCUAAGCACCGACACCGACUGCAAGGUGACUGGCAAAAGAACUAUGUGCGUGCCGCCCGUUGAGGAUGUGGGCGUGGCAGCGGUAUACAAGCACGAGGAGUACAGCUCAGCUGCCAAGCACAAUGAUAUAGCGCUGAUCAAGCUGGAGCGACAGGUGGAGUUUAAGAAGCACAUCAAGCCGAUCUGCCUGCCCAUCGGUGUCGAGGCGAGUCAGUCCUUUGUGGUCACUGGCUGGGGCAUAACGGAGAAUGGCACCGCAGUCGAUGUGCCGCGCGAGGCAGCCAUUGAGCUGCAAGCGAGACAGACGUGCGCCCAUACCUUCGACCGUAUUGUCAAGCAGAGUCAGCUCUGCGCUGGCGCCACGGCGAGCGACUCGUGUCGCGGCGACUCCGGCGGCCCCUUGUCCUAUCCGGCGGUCUAUGCGACUCGACAACGCUUCGUCCAGUUCGGCAUUGUGAGCUACGGCGCCCGCGACUGUGGCAACGGCUAUCCAGCUGACUACACCGAUGUGGCCAGCUACUUGCCCUGGAUAACUGGCAUAAUAGGGGCGAAUUCCUCAAAAGAUUAGAGCAGUUGCAAGCAUCAGUAUCACGCAAUCAAAUCAAAACAUUAUCUUUACAUACUCCAUAUAUAUA